AUGAGAGAUCCCAAGCCGAGGAGAAGCCCAGCAGCCCCCACCCUCGCCGCUAAGCUGCGGAAGCACUCCACAUGGCUCCUCCUCCUGCUCUGGUUCGCUCUCUCCCUCGCCCUCUUCCUCUCCGCCACGCCGCCCGCCGCCGCGCCGCUCCGCCACUCCUCCUUCCUCCGCUCCAAGCCCCGCGCCCUCGCCGCCACCGGCACCGGGACCGGCGCAGCAGCCGCGCCCCGCGUCCGGAUCUACGUCUACGACCUCCCCGCCCGCUUCAACCGCGACUGGGCGGCCGCCGACGCGCGGUGCGCACGCCACCUCUUCGCGGCCGAGGUGGCGGUGCACGAAGCGCUGCUGGCCUACGCCAGCCGCGCCGCGCGGCCCGAGGACGCUGACCUCUUCUUCGUCCCCGUCUACGUCUCCUGCAACUUCUCCACGCCCAACGGCUUCCCCUCGCUGUCGCACGCCCGGGGCCUGCUUGCCGAGGCCGUCGACCUCGUCCGGGCCCGGAUGCCGUACUGGAACCGCUCCGCCGGGGCCGACCACGUCUUCGUCGCCUCCCACGACUUCGGCGCCUGCUUCCAUCCAAUGGAGGAUGUAGCCAUCGCCGACGGCAUACCAGAGUUCCUGAAGAGGUCCAUCCUGCUACAGACAUUUGGUGUCCAAGGCCAUCACGUAUGUCAGGAGGUGGAGCAUGUUGUGAUCCCACCUCAUGUGCCGCCGGAGGUGGCUCAUGAACUACCGGAGCCAGAGAAGGCUCAGAGGGACAUUUUUGCCUUCUUUCGAGGCAAGAUGGAGGUGCACCCCAAGAACAUUAGUGGCCGCUUCUACAGCAAGAAGGUGAGGACUGAGCUUCUACAACAUUAUGGUCGCAAUCGCAAGUUCUACAUUAAAAGAAAGCGAUUUGACAACUACCGAUCUGAGAUGGCUCGGUCGUUGUUCUGUCUCUGUCCGCUGGGAUGGGCGCCUUGGAGUCCUCGGCUUGUGGAAUCAGUCCUCCUAGGCUGCAUUCCUGUUAUAAUUGCUGAUAACAUACGUCUGCCGUUCCCUUCAGUCCUCCAGUGGCCGGAGAUCUCAUUGCAGGUGGCUGAGAAGGACAUAGCCAAUCUUGAGAUGGUGCUUGACCAUGUCGUGGCAACCAAUUUGACUGUGAUUCAGAAGAAUUUGUGGGAUCCAGUGAAGCGUAAGGCUCUAAUUUUCAAUCGUCCGAUGGAAGUGGGAGAUGCUACAUGGCAAGUGUUGAGGGAGCUUGAGGUUUUGCUGGACCAGUCUCAAUGGAGGAGAUAUGUUGGAUCCUGGAGGAGUUCACAGCAUGCCACCCUGGCUGACAACAUCGACAUUGAGUCGAGACUUAAGCCUGAGAUCCAUCUCUGA